UUGAAGUAUAACUACGUUGUUGCGCUAUGGUGCCAUCUAUGAAGACUGAUACAAACCUAAGCAUGAAGUACAGGUCAGGCGGCAUGCUGUUUGUAUUGAACUUCUAUGGGGAAGCGCAUAGCCUUGGAGAAGACUGCAAGCUGCUUCUUGUCAUGAUCAACUGUCUUGCAAACUUGCACCUGCCUCUCAUCAUUAUGACAGAAAGUCAUGUUUUCUUUCACUGCUCUUUCACUCUCACCUCCACACAUUCUACCACAAUAACACACGUCAUCACAACAACACGCACUCUCACUUACACGCAAUAUCCCAUAUACUCUAGAUUCUCUAUACGAAUCUUACCCUACCGUCCCCGAUCAUCACCUCCACACUCGCUCUUGCACUCCGCCCGCGCACCCAAAAUGGCAACACCCAACCGCAGCCGCGCCCGCAGCUUCCAACGUGUCGACCGCGCGCAAAGCAUCCUCUCAGACUCUCAAGCUUCCUUCAACACCCCACGUCCCACACCCCCACCACCACCUACAAGAAGCGGCCGCGGCGUACGCGCGGACAGCACCGUCAGCGAUGCGCCCUCUCUCCUCGAACACGACACACCAGGCAAAGCCGCAAAGAAAGAAGCAGCAGCAACAAAGUUAUCCGCACACUACCACUUCGCACCCACGGUCCCGAGUCCAUUUGCAGGGACACUGGAAGCGAGUCUGGACGCAAUACAAGCCUGGGGUCGGAUUCACAGCAAUAGUGGAACAAAAGGAUUACAUGGCCUCCUCGACACGCUGUUAAGGCCUGUGGACAACCAAACAGACUGGCCGGCGUUAUUCAGCCAGCUUGAAGACAGGCCAGCAGGUCGCUUCCGGUAUCUGUGUGAGGAAUUACUUUUCCUGGUCACGCGGACGCUGUUGCCGGAGCAGAUUGUGCAGAAUAGGGCGCUCAUGGCGAGGUUGUAUGAUAGGAAGAAACAGCUUGCUAUACGGCUGGUGCUACGGUACGAUAUGUUGCGCGAGUGGAAGAUGGAGCAUGGGGCGACGAAUCGCGAAAUGCCUGUUGCGGUUGCGUCGGAGGCACCGAAGGGGAUACCUGCGCCUGAUCCGGAACCCGUGACUUUCCCUGCGAAGUUUCCGCGCAGAAGGGCGAGGCUGCCUAAUAUCGUUGCGACGGUGAUUGCGGCGCCGGCGGGAGGGUAUGAGACGCAUGGUGUGAUUGCGAGGAUGAAACAUCAUGUUACGGCUUUGGACGAUUAUCUCUUGCUGAGGGACGAAGAAGUGGCGGGAUUGAGCGGUAUCGCGCUGCUAGAGAGGUUGUGGCAGGUCCUACUGCAUUGGCAGUGGUUGAGGCAGAACAAUGAGCUUUUGGAGGAGAUGGAGGUGCAUGGGUGGGAGAAUUUGGAGGGCAAGGCAGACGAGUCGGAGUGGAUUGCUGAUGACGUGAAGAAGAGUGCGGCACCUGGGGGUAAGAGGACGAGGGAGAAGGAGGAUGAGUAA